CCUCUCAGCUCCCGCCCGGGUCCCGCCGACGACGCGCUCCCGCGGGCCGCGCGCAGCUCCCGGUGCGGACCCGGGCCCGGGUCGGAGCGCGCAUGCGCAGCCAGUCUCUUCCCUCCCUCUCCCAGCCGCAGCCCCGUCCCCGCCCCACCCCCGCGCUCGGGGCUCCCGGCGUCGGCGGUUGGGCGGGGGAGGACGGGCGGAUGCGCGGAGGGGAGCGGCCCGGCCUCUGCGGGAGGGCCUAGGCUCUUCGGCCCGGUGUCCUCUGGCCCCGCACCGGGGCGGCGGCUGCACGCGAGACCAGGGCGGGGGCAGGAAGCCAGGCUGCAAAGUAACGCGGCCCGAGCAGAAUUAGUAGGUUGCCCCCUUUUUCCCACAGGGAACAUACAUUUUUCUUUUUUCCUACUUCCAUAGUCCAUCUCAAGAAUUAAUACUAUAAAGAAAACCUGAUGGGACUUCUUCAGAUUGUCCCCAGCCGAUUAAUUUCCCAACUGUAUUGUGGAUUGAAGUCUCCAGUUGCCACAGGAACCAAGAUUUGCCUAACAAUGGCUCGUCCAAGUUCAAGUAUGGCCGAUUUUCGGAAACUUUUUGCAAAAGCAAACCACAUAGUCAUCAUUUCAGGGGCUGGUAUUAGUGCUGAAAGUGGGAUUCCAACUUUCAGAGGAGCCGGAGGUUAUUGGAGGAAAUGGCAAGCUCAGACCCUGGCCACUCCCGAGGCCUUUGCCCAAAACCCGUCCCUGGUGUGGGAGUUCUACCACUACCGGCGGGAAGUCAUUCAGCGCGUGAAGCCAAACCCCGGGCACCUCGCCAUCGCUGAGUGUGAGGCCCGGCUGCGUGAGCAGGGCCGCCGGGUCAUGGUCAUCACCCAAAACAUCGAUGAGCUGCACCGCAAGGCUGGCACCAAGAACCUUCUGGAAAUCCACGGUAGCAUAUUCAAAACUCAAUGCACCUCUUGUGGGGCUGUGGCUGAGAAUUACAAGAGUCCAAUUUGUGAAGCUUUUGCAGGAAAAGGUGCUCCAGAACCCGAAACGCAAGAUGCCAAAAUCCCAGUGGAGAAACUUCCCCGGUGUGAAGAGGCAGGGUGCGGGGGCCUGCUGCGACCUUAUGUAGUGUGGUUUGGAGAAAACCUGGACUCUGCCAUUCUGGAGGAGGUUGACAAAGAGCUGGCCCUCUGUGACUUAUGUCUAGUGGUGGGAACUUCCUCCUUGGUUUAUCCUGCUGCCAUGUUUGCCCCUCAGGUGUCUGCCAGGGGCGUGCCAGUGGCUGAAUUUAACAUGGAAAUCACCCAAGCCACAAACAAAUUCAGGUUUCAUUUCCAGGGGCUCUGUGGUAGGACCCUUCCUGAAGCCCUGGCUCCUCAUGAAACAGAGACAGUUUCUUAAUUGUCCUGGGAAGGAAGAGAUUAUAGUACAUCUAAGUACCAGGCCACAAACAGAAGACACACAGUCUUGUGGAUGGGAGCUGAAUAUUGGAAGAUCUAAAAAUAGUCUCUGAUUUCCUGGCUGGGAUCCAACCUGUUGAUAAGUGGUAGGGGCCUUGGAGGUAACUAGCAAAUAUAGGUACAAGAAGUCAGAGAGCUGUAAAGUUAAUGCAUGUUAUUUGGUUUGAACUUAAACAUAACAUACCUCUGAUCCUCUGAUGUGUUUGAUUGAUUAUUGAGGGGGGAAAUUCUAAUUAGAUUGUCUUAAAAAUGUAACUAUCCCAAUCGUAUUUUUGCUAUUUAUCAAAGAUAGAAGUAGAAAGGUAAAACAUUGCUAUUUCUGAUUUUUAUACAAAUUUUGAUGGAAAAUAAAAUCACUCUCUACAGGAGGUAAUAUAUGGUAUACA